AUGGGGACAGAGAGAUACAGAAUCAGACUGGGAGAAUUAGACAUUUCUCAGACAGGCGAAUCCAACUCUCGACCUCAGGAUGUAGACAUUGAAAAAAUAUUCAUUCAUCCGCACAACACCGGCUUUCGCUACAACGACAUAGCUCUACUGAGAACAUCCCAGAAGAUCAGAUUUUCGCCGCUGGUCUUCCCGCUUUGCAUCCUGGAAAAGUCUAUAGACGUCACUGGAGCGCCCCUGACUGUGGCUGGAUUCGGUCUUGUUAAUGGAACUUACCGCUCUCCCGUGCUACAAGCAGCCGAAUUGGAGGGCAUGAAUGACUUCCUCUGUCAGGAAAGAUACAAGAGCUUAGGUCACGACCUUGCCCUGAGGAAUCGAUACCCUGACCUGCUAGUUGGCAGGGGCAUUCUCUGCGCAAGCGCCCGUGGGAGGUCCGCGUGUCAGGGCGACUCAGGAGGGCCGCUGACGCUUCGCGCCAGGGACGGGAAGCAGUACCUCGUCGGGUUGGUGAGUAUAGGGGCUUCCUGUCUGAGCAACAACCUCUCCAUCCUGCCCGGCCUGUACACAGACGUCGCCUUCCACCUCGACUGGAUCAACCAGGUUGUUUAUGGGUCCUAG